AUGGCUGUUACUUCAGAGCACAUCGCCAUUGCAGAGUUGGUCAUAUACAUACCUGUCACUCUAGUUACCAUCCUUGUCGUUCUUCGUCAUGGAUUCCAUAAGCAGUUGGGAUGGAUCUAUCUUUCUAUCUUUGGUGUAAUCCGCAUUGCUGGUGCCAUCAUGGAAAUCCUAAGCACCAAUCAUCCAGACAACGCAAACGAUAAAGAAUGGGCUCUCAUUCUACAAAGUGUCGGUCUCUCUCCUCUACUUCUUUCAACUUUGGGACUUUUGAAAAGAAUCAUCUCAAUCUUCUCCAAACGAGCGACUGCCAUAUCUCGUCGCAGCAAAAUUGUUCAAAUCCUUCAUCUUCCCGCCUUGAUUGCCUUGAUUCUAGCAAUCAGCGGCGGAAGUGACCAAGCUUCAUCGAACGUAUCCGACCAUGCAGGAGGCAAGAAAGAAACCCAAGCAGCGAUCAUAAUUUUCCUCAUGAUUUAUGUUAUCACCUGCCUACUUUUCGUCAUCACGGUGAAAGAUCUCCGUGAGAUGCAGCCAAGUCAACAACGUAUCUACAUCUGUGUCUUCUUUGCAUUGCCCUUGAUUGCAGUUCGCUUGCUGUACAGCUUGAUCAGUGACUUUGGUCACGAUGCGAAGUUUUCGUUGAUCGAUGGUGAUCCAAGCGUUCAGCUGGGGAUGGCUACUAUUGAGGAGUUCCUGGUUGUUCUGAUGUAUACUGUUUUGGGUGUUAUCACACCUCAAUCUAGUAUUGAUCGUGCUGUUGGAGGUGGAAUUGUUGCGCCGGAUGUUCAUGCAUUGGAAGACGGUCGCACUGAGAAUCAGGAUGCUUACUUUGCUCAGGCUGGAGCUCGAAGUGCCUACUACGCCAAGUAG